CAUAAAGGCGCUGGUGCAGGUGCUCUGUCUCUUCGGGAAAGGAUGCCAUAGGAAGGACGGGCAGGCGAAAGAAUGAAGGAAAACGCCGAGAGACUGGAGCACAGGAUAUGAUAAGCAGGGUGUCAGAUUGAAAACGCGUGGAAAUUCAAUAUGAAAGAUUUAUUGUAAGGGGCACUUUGAGCUGUUAUUCCUGGUUGGCAAUAGUACUAUGAUUUGGUAUGUGGCCACUUUGAUAGCAAGUGUUUUCAGCACCAGAGGAACGGCAGCUCAAGGUGCCCACGGAGUGAGAGAGGAGCCCCAGUUUGUGACAGCCCAUGCAGGAGAGAGCAUUGUUCUGGGAUGUGACGUGAGCCACCCCCUAAACGGCCAGCAGACUCCCUAUGUGGUGGAGUGGUUUAAAUUCGGUGUGCCUAUCCCCUUCUUCAUUAACUUCCGGUUCUAUCCUCCUCAUGUGGACCCUGAGUAUGCUGGUAGAGCCAUUUUGCAUGGAAAAGCUUCUCUGCAGAUUGACCAGGUGCGCUCAGAAGACCAGGGCUGGUAUGAGUGCAGGGUACUCAUGCUGGAACAGCAGUAUGACACCUUCCAUAAUGGCAGCUGGGUUCACCUCACAGUCAAUGCGCCCCCAACGUUCACAGACACGCCACCGCAGUACGUGGAGGCUAGGGAGGGUAGCAGCAUUACUCUGACCUGCACUGCCUUUGGAAACCCCAAGCCAGUGGUCACCUGGCUGAGAGAGGGGGAUCAGCUGACCAGCAACAAGAAAUUCAUGGUGAGUGAUGGUAGUUUGACAGUGCAGGCCAUCACGAGGGAGGACCGGGGGGCCUACAGCUGCCGUGCCCACAGUGACCAGGGGGAGGCGAUGCACACCACCCGCCUGCUGGUGCAAGGUCCUCCGUAUAUUGUAUCUCCACCAGAGAACAUCACUGUUAACAUAUCCCAGAAUGCCCAAUUCACGUGCCAAGCCGAGGCAUAUCCUGGCAACCUGACCUACACCUGGUUCUGGGAAGAGGACAACGUCUACUUCAAGAAUGAUCUGAAGCUUCGUGUGCGCAUCUUUAUUGAUGGAACCCUCAUCAUCUACCGAGUGAAGCCAGAGGAUGCCGGAAAAUACACCUGCAGCCCUAGUAACAGUCUGGGCAUCUCCCCUGCUUCAGCUUACCUGACUGUACAGUACCCUGCCCGUGUUGUGAACAUGCCACCUGUCAUCUACGCCCCAAGAAAAUUGCCUGGAAUCAUUCGCUGCCCAGUGGAUGCCAACCCCCCAGUUAUAUCAGUCAGAUGGGAGAAAGAUGGCUACCCUCUUAGAAUCGAGAAGUAUCCUGGAUGGAGCCAAAUGGCAGAUGGAAGCAUUCGGGUGGCAGAGGUCACUGAAGACUCCCUUGGCACCUACACCUGUGUGCCUUACAAUGUCCUAGGUACCAUGGGACAGUCCCCUCCGGCCACUCUGGUGCUAAAGGACCCCCCUUACUUCAACGUGAGGCCUGGGGGGGAGUACCGCCAGGAGGCGGGGAGAGAGCUGGUCAUCCCCUGUGCUGCCUCUGGAGACCCUGAAAUUCCAACCAUCGUAUGGAGAAAGGUUGGGAAGCCCAGCAGAAGCAAGCAUAACAUCUUAUCAAGUGGGAGCUUACAGUUUCUGUCUCUGAGCAAAGAGGAUCAUGGGGAGUGGGAAUGUGUCGCUACCAAUGUAGUAACAAGCAUCACUGCCAGCACACACCUUUUUGUAAUCGGCACUAGUCCACAUGCGCCAACCAAUGUCCAUGUGUCAGCAUCCACAAGCUCCGCUAAUGUUUCCUGGGAACCUGGAUAUGACGGAGGCUUUGAACAGACGUUUUCAGUCUGGUACGGCCCGGUGAAAGUGAAGAAUGAUUUAGGACCUCACGAUUGGCUGUCCAUACCUGUGCCCGGUUCUCAGACGUGGUUGAUGGUACAGGGGUUGGAGCCAAAUACUGCCUAUCAAUUCAGUGUGCUGGCCCAGAACAAACUGGGCACUGGCCCCUUCAGUGAGGUAGUCACUGUAACUACAGGAGGGUAUCCUAUAAGUACCCCUGAACCCAUGGUGCUACUAACUCCACCACGGUGCCUGACAGCCAAUCGGACACAGCAGGGUGUAUUGUUGACAUGGCUCCCUCCAGCCAAUCACUCUUCACCAAUUGACCGUUACAUCAUCGAGUUCCGUCUGGGAGAGAGGUGGGAGGUUCUAGACGACUUGAUUCCUGCCACUGAGACUGAGAUCAUAGCAAGAGACCUCAUUCAGGACUCUUGGUAUGAAUUCAGAACGCUUGCUGUAAUGGAUGAUCUUGUCAGUGAAAGCAGUAAUGUGGUGGGAGUAUCAAGUACAGACCCCUUCCCUCCCACAGAGAUCUCAGACGAGGGGCUGGCCAAGCCAGUGGUGGCCGGAAUCGUGGCCACUAUCUGCUUCUUGGCGGCUGCCAUCUUGUUUAGUACGCUAGCUGCGUGCUUCGUCAACAAGCAGCAUCGUCGCAAACUGAAACGCAAGCGAGACCCUCCGUUAUCGAUAACGCACACAAGGAAAAGCAUCGAAUCUCCGCCUCCUCUUACCCCCUUGCCUGGCAUUGAGCCCUACUGGGAAGAGCCAGACAGGAGCAGCUACAGGCCCCCAUCCACCAGCCCUCAGCUGUCCUCUGGGAAGAUUAGUCCUGAGAGCAUUUCCUCUUCCAGGCCCCCAUCUCUGACCAGCAUGGGUGGCCACGGCCUUUAUGUGAAGAAGCUGCCAAGCCCCAGGAAAGAGAAGGAGCUUUCCCUCUAUAAGAAAACCAAGAGAGCAAUAACCAGUAAGAAGUACAGUGUGUCCAAGCAUGAGGCAGAGGUCACCACACCCAUCGAGCUGAUCAGCCGUGGACCUGAUGGCCGAUUUAUCAUGGAUCCCACCGACAUCGACACUUCCCUCAAACACGGACGCAUUGAGGGUUUCCCCUUUGUGGAGGAAUCAGACUUGUAUCCAGAGUUCCGCCAGUCAGACGAGGAGAACGAUGACCCAGGGCCCCUGCCCCCAGUCAUGGCUACCCUCAGGCCCCAGAUAUCCCCUGUGUCCUCCAGCCAAGAGUCCUACAUGCAGCCCCCAGCCUACAGCCCUCAGUUCCAGAGGCCCAUGGAAGGUAUGAGCAUCUUGGAGGGUAGUCGGCUUCAGGCCACAGGGCAGAGCCGUGUCUCCCAUUUUCACAGGGUCUUCCCUCCAGGGCCCUUCUAUGGCUAUCUAGGUAGUGGCGCUGAGGUGGAGCUUCACCCUCCUUUUUACAUGCCUGAUGUUAGCCCUCGUAGCUCUGCCAUGUCCUCCUCACCAUCUUAUCCCCCCGAGGGGCCGUUUCGCCAUCCCACCAUCCCCGAGGAGAGGGAGGAGCUGAGGAUCCAUCAGUACGGCGCUUCAGGCCACGCCCUCCCACUGGUGCAUAGCCCUCCCUCCUCUCGCUCGACCGAGAUCUGGCAGCCUCCUGACUUCCCCUUUCUGGGUCAGGAGGGUCCCCGUCUCGCUCUUCAACCACGUCAUUCCUCAUAUCUCCACCGGGACCUCCCCGAGCCCCCGCCAUACCCCUCCCAUAGUCGCACUCUUGGCACCACCUCUCAGCUCCCUUCAAGCUCUGCUUUCCUCCAGCUGGAGGCCCCUAGAGCCCACCUGAGCAGAUCUCCCGGCAGGUUCCCGCCUUCAGCCAAGCAUAUAACUAUGCAACAGGCCCAGAGUCUGGGGCAGUUGAGACACACUGCCCACGGUAUGGGUGUACCAGUGUUGCCUUACUCAGGCACCACGGCCCGCAUGGGGAGCCCAAGCACACUGCACAGUGAGAGCUCAGACGGCUGGAGGUCCGAGGCCCAGCCUUGGCUGAGCCCCAGGGCAGUGCGGCGGAUGGAUCUUGGCUUGCAGCAGGUGGUCCUGCAGCCAUCACGACUCUCCCCUCUCACCCAGACACCUCCCAGCUCACAUGCCGGCUCUCCAGACAUCCUCAUCCGCCCUCCUCCCCGUCCCAGCAUCCUGCGGCCUUCGCGCUCUCAAGAGAUGCCAGAGAGUGGCCGUCACCCUGCCAGUGUCUCCUUCUCCCGGAGGUCUCUCUCCUCUUCCCCCACCACCUCACCCACCCAAGGUCAGAGGGCCAGCCUCAGCUACCCCACCCACAUGGCCUUUGCCACAGCAGCAGCCAGCUACCCCUCUCAGUCCCCUUCACCCCCCACGGAGAGCAGUGAUGCUUUUGGCCAGAUGCCGUCUCAAAGAAGGACAGAUGAGGAGAUGCUUCCCUCAGAACCCUCUCCAGGGGAGCAUCUAGGUGAAGUGAGAGUCCCUGCAGGGUCUGAGAGUUUUGAAGCACUGAUUUAUUAUUGUAUUAAUAAAGCCAAGAAAUCAUCAGCCAACAAGAACAACAACUCCAGAUUCAAGAAAAGGACAGAUGUGUCGUCCUCUCAGACCCUGCAGCCGCAUGCAUCUCAGGCCUCUGAGCAAAGAGAACAUCUCAGCUCUCCCUCCAAGAAAAAGUGGAAAGGUCCACUUAGAAAGCCUCCCUGUCUCCAUCUGUCCUCUCUGCUGCGUUGGCUUCACCCCAGAGAAGACAGGAAGUCACUCUUGGCCAGUUUGGACCCUGCCCCCUCAAACUAUGGCUCUCUACUCUGAAAGAGCCCGAAACACACUAACCUUAUCCUUGUCCAUUAGCAAAAAUGUACAAUGGAUAUGCUCUCAGUACUGUUUUGUCUAAACUAGAAACGAUUUAUUAUCUUCGUUUGGCACAAUAUCCUACACAUAUCUGUAUUUUCUGUAAAUUUACACAAAGGUAAAAGUACAGGGGUGCUACACUUUUAGAAGAAAGGAAAAAGGAUAGGAAAAGCUUUGUAUGAUAUUAUACUGAAAAGAAAAAGAAAAGAAAUCCAUUACAUUUUAGGAAAAAUGCCACUUCAGUAAUUGUAAUCUGUUAUUAAAUCAUAUUGUGUAUAUUGUGAAGGAUAGAGAGUUUAAUACUCUGUACAGGCAUGUCCCUCAAGACGUGAACGUUACUACAGGGUUUCUUAUCUUCCUUCUACAAAAUAUACCUCAUAAAAACAGAAGAAAAAAAAAAAAGAAAUAAUCUGGCACAUAUUUCAGCACUCCUACAAUAUUUUGUGCAAGCGAACAUAUUUCAUUUUAAAUGACAUAUGCGGUCUGUUUGUGGCAAAGCUUCAACAGUAUUACAGAACAAGAGGGAUUAAGUCCAAAAAGAUCAACAUAAUUUGUUCCAUCAAUUUUAUUUAUUAUUAUCAAAAUAUUACAAAUUAAAGAUAAAGCACAGAAUAUCAUAGAAAUUGUAAGCUUCAAAAGACAGGCUUUGGUUGGCUGCAUUACUAAACAGGUUGUGGGACAAUAGCUAUUCAGUAAUUUAUGUUGUCAAAGCUCAGAUUGAGCUAGUUUUGAAUUCCAAGCAAAGGCAUGUGGAAGAGAAAACAUUGUUGAUUUUUAAAAAAUGAUUUACAUGAUAUAUUAUUUAUGACACAUAAACUACUAUUGAACAGUUAAGGCACUUUUUAUAUCAGUUUAAAGACAUUAUUUAAAGACAUGACAGCUAAAGUGGUUGGAGGUAGAAUAAUAUUAGCCCCCUCAAAAAAGAUUCAGGUUCACAUGUUAGAAAUAUGCUUUUUGACAAGUUCAGAAGACAUAUUUACCAAUGUAAUAUUUAAACUAAAGUACAAUUAUUUGGUCCUUGUCUUGCACAAAUGUAGUUAGAAGUGGUGAAAUGCAUUAUUGCGAGGAUAUUAUUAUGAGGAUAAAUAAUAAUUUGAUAUGUGUUGCUUUAGACAUACACAAAGGAAGUACAGUAGAUAUUGUGCAGACUAAUAAAGACAUCAGUAUAACAGCUACAUGAAAUAAUCAGUGUUUUCUACAGAAAUGAACCUCCAAAAUUGUUCUUUUUAAAAAAAAAAUUUGAGUUGAUUAUAUUGUACUCUCGAAAUCAUCUUUAGUACUGUAUGUAUCAUUCAUCUCAGCUCACCUGAAGUCAAUCGCAAAGUUUGUGUGAAUUUAAUUAUUAAUGAUUUCGGCUGUUCAUUGUAUCUAGAGUUCACUAACAGCUGCUGAUUAAGCUAAUGGAGCAUUUAGUUUAGUUUAACCGAAGGGGAAUGUGUGGUUUGCUCUUAGAAGAUCAGAUUUAUCUGAAUAUUUUCAAUGUGUUUUAGUUCAUUUAGAUGCCAAUGCUACCAACUCCUAUAUUAAUCUUCUCCAAAUUUCUCUAUGGGGUUUUUGUGGCUAAAGUUGAAUAAUUAAGUACGAUGUAAUAGGAAUGUGAAUAUCUUGCAGUACUUGAACCAGACUGAGUAUACAAGCAGAGAACACUGGGAUGAAAUUCUGUGAAUCAAGAUUCACAGAGUAGGCUUUAAUUGCACACAAAAAAAGUGACAUUGAGUGUAGACAAUUUGACUUAAGUGCCCAAAAGGCUGUUCACUUUCUUUUUUUUAAUGUAACAUAAAAAAACUAAAAAAAAAAAAUCUAAUAUUUCACUGCACAGUGAUUAUUUGAGCUAUUAAUCCCAUUGCUUAUUUCAACAUAUGUCUUUGUCAAUUGCUUUUCACCCCACAUGGUGUGUACCAAUUCAUAAAGCUGCUUUAAAUAUGUUGUCUCCCAGAGGACAGGGGCAGUGGCUAUUUUAGCUGUUGGGAGAAAAGUAUUAGACUUAACUCUGUUUUUGCUACAUGUCCUGUCUAUACAAGUUCUGUCAAGAAUGCGUUCCACAUAAGUCCUACAAAAGCCACAUAAUGUUUACAUGAUCUAGAACUAACGUGCAAGGAUGUAGGCACAUUGUAUACAUUAUGACUUGGUGCUAUGUCUUUUUGAACUUGUGGUGCUGUGGUUCAGCGGUUAACACAAACUCACGCACAGUCCUCUGUCUUUAACUAAACUAGCUUCAUUGUGGUUUCCUUUGUUGAGUUCUCCGGGUGUGUAGGACUGCAAGCAAUAAAAACCUAUUUCACAGGGCAGGUCCUGUGCUCUCACUAUGUUUCACUAUGGGAAUGGCAAAGGAGUUUAGUACAGUUCCACAUUCAGAUUUAAAACAUGCUUACAUUAUUAAGUGAUCAUAAGUAAAAAGCCAACACAUAUAGAAAGGUUUAUAAAGACUUGAGGAGGCAGCAUAUCAAUGUGUAAAACGUGAAAUGUACUCACGGUAUGAUAGUAAAUGUUUUUAUUUAGCAUGGUAAGGAACUGGGAACAUAAACAGGUGUGAAAGACAGCAUUUAUGUUGUAUUGCGUUCUUCUUGGACAUAUCGGAGUGAUGCAUCCUUGCAUAAAUCUGUGACACUGAUUUAAAAUGCAAAUGCAGUGUCGCUUUAUAUCUGUGGAUGGUGAUUGACAGUGUUGUACUUUAUCCAACUCCUCUGGUCUCUGAAAGGAGCACCCCAUUAUUCAACAUUUUCUUGUUGAAUAUACUGUAUACGAUACUGUACAGGUAGACAUGCCCCUUUUGGCUUGUAAUGGACAAAUGUCUAAGAGGGUAUUGGAAAUGAAGUGUCAUAUUAAUGAUUGCCUGUAUUCAGUUAUUGUGCUUACUUCUUAUGGUGCUUUGUGAAACUUUAUUUCCUUUUUCUGUUGAUUGAACAGUACUAACCUUACAUAACCAAGAAAGUUACUCUGAUUUCACUCAUUCAGACCUGUUUGUCUUGUUUCAGAUAAAAUGCAUCUUUUUGUUCUUUAUUCUUUGCUGUUCAUAUUACAAGCACUGAAAACUUAGAAUGUAAUACUGCAUUAUGCACUAAUUUAUGACUGUUUUAACAUUAAACCUCAUUCUUAGAGAUAGUGCUUACUUAAAGCAUAUUUCAAACUGCAUUGUUGUGCUUUUUAACUGCUUUUAGAUUUGUGUUGUACAUUGUUUACAGAUUAUAUUAUCUGAAGAGGUAUUCUGGGCAAACAUGUUUUCAUCCUGACACCUUAAAUGCAAUGUAUAAGAGACUGUUCUCAUGUGAAGAAAAAGAAAAAUCAUAAAAUAAUAUAUUUUUUUCCUGAUUUAUUUGAUUGAAUGACUUGAUCGGAGGCUUCUUUGUUCAGUUAUCGGAUUUAUUUCAGGAAUUAUUCUCAAACAGUAUGGUGCUGUACCAAAGCCUUAUGUAAAAUAGUAUUACAAUGUAUUGUUUGAUUCUUCUGCCACUGCAACUGGAAUUUACCAAGAAAUUGCUAGACUAAACUGAUUAUGACACGUGGUGCGGUGUGCCUCUGUAUUCUCGUCCUUGAUUAAUACUCCAAAGUGUUUUUCCACGGACAUUCUGUGUCUCCACAUGCUCAGAUGUUAAGAUAUGGUGCCUGGUGUCUUCAUGCUGCUAGGAGUAAAUGUUAAGGUGUUUCAUAUCUGCACCAACAUCUGAAGUGUGAAAUUUUGACCUCCACAGUAGUUGAUUCAGCAUCUUGAUAUUGAAAAGGAACAACCCUGCAGCAAGCAAUGGCAUUUUUAGAGAAUAAACAAAACCACUGUUCUACCACUGUUUUCAUAUUUUGUUUUUACAUUUAUUAAUAAACCUUUCUGGAUUAUAGAAACCCCCAAUCAAAAAGAAUAUGCUACCCUGACAAAUUAAUUGUCCCUGACACAUCGAUACCAGACCUGGUUGUGAUAAAUAUGGUGUUAAGUGUCUGUGUGCUGUCUUUAACAGCCCAAUUUGCAUUGUUUACAUCACCAGAGGCCCAGAUAUGCACAUUUUGGCAAGCUCUCUAUUAGGUUGACAUUUUACAACGCUUUGCACCAUGUAAUAACCCCAUACAACUUUUUGUAUUUUGAUAUAAUAAAAAAAAUAUA